AGCGGCUCACAUGGGCGCUGUAACCAUGGAGCAACCGCAGGAGAAUGGACAUUUCUUCACGGAUUUAUUUGAGUUCCUCGUCUGAAUUUCUGCUUCACGCCAGGCUUACAUGACUGCAGGACUGGUUGAGAGAUACUAGCGCUCCUGGAAACACCAUGCUAUAUUAUAAACACUGAACUGACUGGCGGUUCUCCUCAGCGUUCCUCCUCCCUCCGCGUUCCGUUUCAAAUAACGGUCGCUGUGUGUACGGUACGAGUUACUACACCCAAAACCAAAAUGUAUUCAAAUAUGUAAUUUCCAUGUCGUCGACCAACAAAGAAGCAUUCGGAGUGUAUCAGGGACCCUUACUGAGAGCCAAACAGGGUGAAUUGGAUUUGAAAACGGAGGUCCUCAGACCGCAGCUUCCUAACCUGCUUUCAGGAAUGGUGGCACAGAGCACAGAUAACCUGGACAGUUCAGGGGAGUCUGCCACCCACUCGAUUGGCACCACUGCCAAUUUGAAGGGGAAGAUGAGCAAGAGGCUGUCUGUCGGUAAAGGCCACUUCCCAAAGCUUGUUGACUGUGCACACUUUCACUAUGACAAUGUCGACUUCGGUUCCAUUGAGCUUCAGUUUGCUAGUGAUCAGAGCGAUGCUAAUUGGAGCUUGGGCAGUGCCAAAGACCUGGUCUUCCUUGUGCAGGUCUCCUGCCAGGGUAAGAUGUGGAUGGUUCGGCGCACUUAUGAGGAAUUCUGCACCCUGGAUGCUCACCUGCAUCAGUGCAUCUAUGACCGUCGGUACUCUCAGCUCCUGCCCCUGCCAUCGCUCAGUGAGAUCGGAGAAAGAGUGGAGCUGUUUACCCCGAUGCUCUCCGAGUACCUGAGUCGUCUCUCCAUGAUCGUAGACAGUAAACUAAACUGUGGACCUGUGCUUACCUGGAUGGAGAUUGACAAUCAUGGCAAUCGGUUUCUGCUGAAGGAGGAGGCAUCUUUAAAUGUCCCAGCAAUCGCUGCAGCACACGUCGUCAAGCGCUACACGGCCCAAGCCAGUGAUGAGAUCUCCAUUGAGGUCGGUGAUAUUUUGUCUGUGAUUGAUAUGCCACCCAAAGAUGAAACCACCUGGUGGAGAGGAAAGCAUGGCUUUCAGGUUGGCUUUUUUCCUAGCGAGUGUGUAAAGCUGAUUAAUGAGGUGCCUCAGUCUGUCAGCACUUCUUCUGCUAAGAUGGAGUGUGAUUCAGUCAGCUCAAGGCCUGGAGUUCCCAGUGCACCUGGGCCACCUUCUCCCACAUCAGUGUCUAAGAAGCACGGCAAGCUGAUGGGCUUCCUGCGAACCUUCAUGAAGUCUAGACCCAGCAAGCAAAAGCUGAAGCAGAGUGGCAUCCUGAAGGAGCGGGUCUUCGGCUGCGACUUGGGAGAGCAUCUUCUCAACUCUGGCCAAGAUGUUCCCCAGGUCCUAACAAGCUGCUCCGAAUUUAUUGAGCAACAUGGCAUCGUAGACGGCAUCUACAGGCAUUCUGGGAUUUCCUCCAACAUCCAAAAACUCAGGCACGAGUUUGACAGCGAGAAUGUUCCAGACCUGACUAAAGAUGUGUACAUGCAAGACAUUCACUGUGUGGGCUCUUUGUGCAAACUUUACUUCAGAGAGCUGCCCAAUCCUCUCCUCACCUACCAACUCUACGACAAGUUUGCUGAUUGUAUGGGAGAGAUGACUGACGAUGAGCGGAUGGUUAAAGUACACGAUGUUAUCCAGCAGCUUCCCCCUCCUCAUUACAGGACUCUGGAGUAUCUUAUGAGACACCUGGCAUGUCUAGCUACACACAGAGAAGAAACAAACAUGCACAUUAAAAACCUGGCCAUCGUCUGGGCCCCAAACCUGCUCAGGUCUAAAGAGAUCGAGGCAGCUGGACUCAGUGGUGCUGACCCAUUUAAGGAGGUUCGCAUCCAGUCUGUGGUGGUAGAGUUUCUGCUUACCAAUGUGGAGGUGCUGUUCAGUGAUUCUUUCACAUCAGUGGGACGUUUCGGUUCAGCUCGGGAGUCCCUGACCAGGCCUAAAUCCUUUGUGUCCACCAGACUGCUGUCUCUGGAGGAGGCCCAGGCUCGCUCCCAGGCUCCUCUGCUCCUGCAGGGACCUUCUCACCCCCUCCAGGGCCGCUUUCACACUGUGCUGGAACAUCCUGCUCAGAGAAAAAUAGGCCAGAAGAUGCGGAAGGCAACUGGAGGGAGCUGGAAGACCUUCUUUGCUAUCGGGAAGCCGGCAGUUGCAGGCCGCCGCAAGCCCAGCCGGAUUACUUCACUGUUUCAACCCUCCACCUCUCACGCAGGUUGUAGGGUGGACAGUGUUACCCUGAGGUCAGCCAAGAGUGAGGAGUCACUGUCUUCCCAACACAGCGGUGCAGGUCAGGGGAAGCUACAGCGCUUGCGAAGGCCCCGCUCUAGCAGUGAUGGUCUCUCCCUGGCCGCUUCCAUGGACCCUCAGCUCAUACUUCAGCCGACUCCAUCUCAGAUCACACCCAGCCGCUCUUACGACAGCUUGCUUCCUGACCAGGCCCGAGACGGCACAGAAGAGGAUGAUGACGAAGGUGAUGAAGAGGACGUCUACGUGCUGCCUGAUUUCUCUCAGGACUCUGCUUCAUCCUGGAUGGCCGAGGACGUGCCUGACUUUAGCCCUACCUUUCCAGAUGAGGGGCCAAUUGGAAUCGGAAGCAGUUGCGCCGUCGUCCCUGGAGGCAGAGAGUCUCCACCUCCAGCCACGCCUCCUCCCUACCGUCGCCAAGGCCACGCCCGUUCUGGAAGUCAGCGCUCGAUUACGGAAGACCCGGACUCAGUACUCAACCAGUCAGAGGUUGCAGCACGCAGGAGUCUCAUUCUAGCAGCAGCCGCCCCAGUGCAGCAGGUGUUGUGUCAGCACAGACCUCAAGCUGCUAAUAACCCAACCUCCAGCAGCAAUCAGCCUGCAGAGUCAAGCGUUAGUCCCUCCCACAACCAGCCGCCUGCUCCUGCAGUCUCUGCUCCCUCUGCUCAGCCUCCACAGGAAAGGCGCUCAUUCACCAAAAAAGUGGUACACGCCCUUUCACCUAAAGCACCAAAGUCGCCUCCACUGGACAUAUCUGACCCCAUAGCCAUCAGCGUACCUGCCAAGGUGCUGGAAAUGAUUGGUGGACGAGCUGGUGAAUUGCAGCCAGGGACUCCUGGUGGUGGACCUGCCCAACCACCCCAAAUGAUAUCCAUGCUACUGAGAUCUUGUGAUUUCCAGCUCACAGAGAGCUGCCAACAGGAGCUGAACAGCAAACUGGGACCCGAAGGCAAGAUCAGAGGCCCAAGCAUUAUUGGUCCCAGUGGUGCUCCACUGCCAUCCCAGAAGCCUCCUCCUCCCCCCCCUAAAAACCCAGCACGUCUUAUGGCCCUGGCACUUACUGAGAGUGCUAACAAAGCUCUUCGGCAGGGUGCAUCUCCUCCCUACCGCCCCCGGCAAAGUCCACCUAACUCGGGCGCCCAUUUCCAGCGAUCCUUAUCUGCAGACGCAGGGGCUUUGCUGUCCUCAGAUGCUGAGCCGCUCUACUCCACUGUGCGCCCCCUGUCAGUGUGGAAGACCGAAGGCGAGGGUGAGGCUAGCGCUGCUGGAAAGCCUACAGAUGCAGCACAGGAGCAGGAGCCAAGAUCACCUCCAGGCCAGGACACUGGUACGCUCUCCUCCGACACAUCAGCUUCUGAUUCUGGAACAUCUAACACUGAAUUGUCUGCCAGCAGCUCAUCAGGGGAGCAAAUCCAGAGCCCUAUUUACAAAAACAAGGAAACACUUUCUCCGCCCCCAAAACAGCCCCCAAAACCCAACCCAUUAUCCAACAGUGAAGUUCCCCCACAGAGAAAGCCCCCAGCCUAUGGCCGCCAGUUCUCAGCUCCACACCUUCAGCAACAGAAGCCAGCCUCUCAGUCCAUGUCUUCUAACCAAGCUCACUGCCAGCUCCUGCACUCGAGGUCAGAGAGUUCCCCCUUGGCACAGGUACAGGCUUUCCAGCCCACACACCCAAACAUGCCCCCAAAGCUGGUGGAUCUCCCACAGCAAAAGGCUCCACUCUCCAAGCCUGACCGACAUGACUUAAUGCGCCGCUCCUUGGACGCUGGCCGUAUUCGACGCAUGGUGGGGCCUUCUCAUGUCAACACUCCACUUUCAAGGGCUUAUUCUGAACGCAUUAGCAGCACAUCAGAUGCUUUGUCUCGCUUUCAUGCAGCUAGAAUAGCCAGUCAGGCCACACAGGCUGUACAACAGCAGGUCCAAGUUCAACCGGCAUUCUCAUCUUCUGAUGACCCCUCCAAUAUGGAGAACUUAUACUAUGAGAUCACUAUCCCUGAACACCCACCUAGCUACCUCCAGCAUAGCUACCAGAACAUGAGGCCUGAUCUGGAUGGCCACUUAAGGCUUUUGGACCCAGCCAAUCAUAGACCUCAGUACAGGGGCCAUCCUCCACCCUAUUCACAUGUACAAGGAUCCACUAAGGCUUCUCAGCUUUGGUCUUCUGAGGCCCCUCGUGCUUGGGCAGGAGCUCACUCUCACUCUUUUUCUCAUUCUCGUUCUCACCAUCACCCUCGUAACGAUCCGCCGGGCCCCCGUGGCCAUCCUCGGCUGCAGCGUCAGACCUCCUCUUCAGUCAGGCUGACACACAGUGAACUGCACCCAAUCCCUGCUGCCACUGGAUCAAGCUCGUCUGUGGGGUUGGUGCCCUUGUCUGUUCACCAGCGAAGCCACCACUACCCCCUACGCUCACCUUCUUCCAACAUUUCUGCCUCCCAGCUUCACCCUUACUUUGAAAAUGGGAAGGUGUGUUAUCGGCAAGGUUUUGGGCAGGAGGAGGUGCCACCGAGCCAUUAUCAACCUCCUCUGUCAAAGUCGCCGCAGGCCUCACCAAUAGAAACACAGAAAACAACUUCUAAAGAUGAACCAAUCUAUGUGAACUACCCCUUCAUUAGACCUCAAGUAAUGAAUGCCAAGACUUGGCUGACAACAGAUCUGGAUGGAGAUGUCCAACAGGUUCCAGAACCUCUUACACCCCCUCCUGAGCUUUCUACGGUAGAUGAGCAGUCUUCAAAUCAAGCUCUUGAUCAUGAGGGUCCCACAACUCAUUUUAAAAGCUUAGUACAAAAUGAUAGUACCUCAGAUUCAAGAGCACUGGAGAUGCCCACACCAUCUGCACACUUCCGCAGCCACUCAGACCCUCAAAGUUCUAGCUCAGAUCCUAGCCAGGCAUUGACCGCGAAGGACAUUGCUUCGCUGUUGAUCGAGAAGCUAGCAGAGGAUGAAAAAGAAGGCCAGGGUGUGGCCACAUUGUCUAGUCCAUUUUCCUCGCCUCAUGUUGAGUAUCCCCCUAACCCUUACCCCAGCCAACAGCAGCAACGCCCACCUCCCGCCUACAACAUAUACAACCAAGGAGCCUCUCAUGGUCAUUUCAAAGGCCAGGGUUUGCCACAGGAAGCCUCAGAAGCUUUCCAGCGACAGGAUCCCAUGCGUCGUUCAUCCAGUGCUCAAUACAGACAAGCUUUUGACGUCAUGCCAAGUGGUAGCCAAGUCCUAAAGUUCCACCGAAGCCAAGAUUUAAUCCCAACUUCCCAAGCAGAAAGUACAGCUUCUAACCCCUACGCCCAAAGACCUCACUGUCAGGAUCCAACUCCAAGUUCCCAGACACACUCAGACACACCUCCUUCAUCUACAACAUCCUUGAUGGCCUUCUCAAAUUUAGCAUUUAACGCACCAAGAGGAUAUACCCAAACAGCAGUAUCUCCACAUAACCAGUACCCAUACCAGACAGGUCCCGUGCUUCCUCCAUAUCCCAAUGCACCACGGAGGGAUGUGAUUAUGGAUCCUGCUCUUCGACCUCCAAGUCUUCACAACCAGAGUGACUUGAAUCGCCAGGGCAGUCUGUCAGGACCCAACUGGACCAUUCACACUGAGGGCCAAACCCGCAGUUAUUGUUAAAGCACAAACGAAUAGCAAGGGUUAUAAUGACUCAGACUGAGGGUGGGAGAAAUGUUAUAUCCCCACUGCUGUUCAUUACUGGACCUUGAAAGUAAAGAAAGGAAAGAUGGACAGGAAGGGUCUGGCAUGAAGGUAAAGAGAAUCAAAGAUGUGAACCAUAAAGUGGCUUAGAUAAUGCAAACAUUCCAGAAGACACUGUGUUGUCCAGCAGAGGGCGUUAGAGAGUUGUAUGGCUGCUGUCCUCUGAAGGGAGUAUCAGGUAUAUGCAUAGUGGUGUUUAUCUUCUUAAGGUACUUUUUUCAGUUGAAGUUACUUUAAGAGUACUUUCAGUUAAAUAAAAAAGAGCUGUACAGAGAAAUAAGCUUAGUAUUUUUUUUCUUUUUUAUUAGUUCACGUUAAUCUUA